CUCCAAACACACCACACCCUUUAGUUGUGUUAGCCCAAAAAAAAAGAAAAAAGAAAAACAGCAUAAGAGCUAGCUACUUGUUCAUAUUUAGGCUGUUUCAAUUGCCAUUGUCAUGGCUAGCUCAUCUUCAUCAUCAUCAAUUCCAUGUUUCUGGAUCAUUUUAGGGUUUAUAUUGGCAAUGGGACUGGUUGUCCGUCAAGCAGAGGCUCGUGCAUUCUUCGUGUUUGGAGACUCUCUAGUGGACAAUGGCAACAACGACUACUUGGCCACCACCGCCCGUGCAGACUCCCCUCCUUACGGCAUAGAUUAUCCUACACACCGCCCUACCGGCCGCUUCUCUAAUGGCCUUAACAUCCCUGAUUUUAUCAGUCAGCAUCUCGGAGCAGAAUCCACAUUACCAUACCUAAGUCCGCAGCUCACCGGGCAAAAACUACUUGUUGGUGCCAACUUUGCUUCUGCUGGAGUCGGAAUACUUAAUGACACUGGAGCUCAGUUUGUAAGUUUCAUUUAAUAAUUUAUUUAACCA